AUGUCUAAAAAAGUGGAACGACAAAUUGAAAAUAUUCCAUUCAGAAAUCAUUCGGAAUCGAAAGAAAAGCUUGAUCAAUUCGAUAUACCUUACAGUAGGGAACUGCAAUCCCCAAUACUUGGUUAUCAUUAUCAACUUCCUGAUUUGCCAACGAAUUAUGUACCAUCCACAAUCUUGGACACGUCUCUAUUACACAUCCCCGUUUACGCUCAUUUGAAAGUAUACGAUUUGAAGCCUGUGCAACUACCGGAGAUCCCAAGCAUUUUAUCGGCAUUACAUUUGCAGUUCUCAGAGGAUACUGCAUUGAGUAAAUCCUCGAGAGAAAUAUCAUCGACCGCACGAAUAAGCGAGGAAGGCAGAGUUUCCGCUUCUCGCAGCAUCCGCGAUAGUACAAAAAGUCCGCGUAAAAAGUGACGAGACGCAAAAUCAUGUGGACAUCUCGU